AUGGCCCUGCCCGGUGUCGGGGUGACAGCGGUGACAGCCGUGACGGGCCGGGCAGCUGCAGUGCGAGGAGCCGCGUCCUCCCCGUGUGCCAGCGCCAUGCCCGGGCUCCAGCGCAGCUCCCGGCUCCUGACACCGCUGCUGCGGCCAUUGCGGGUCCCCCGAGCGCACAUCAGGUCCCAGCCCCCGGAGCACCCGCUCUCGCCUGCCGAACAAGCCAUCGCGUUCUCCAUCAUGUUCGGAUGCUUCCUGCUCCCGACAGGCUGGAUCCUGGGCAACAUCGAGCACUACAAGAGCAGACCCGAGUGAGGGGCAGCAGAGCAGCCCCGGGCCCUGCUGAGAGCAGACAUGAGCGGAACCAAGGCCCCAGGGCAGAGCUUCGCCGGGGGGGAGCCCUUGGGCUUUGCUCAUUAAA